CCCACACCUGAGUGUAUAGAAUUCAUCUUAUUCUCUCCCUUCCCACUGCCACACCUACAUUUUUGAAGUGGUCAACUAAUGUAUUUCGUUGUCUUUUUUCCAAAAACGAAAUAAAGUUGAUCACUCGUCCAACUAAAUAAUCAAAACAAUGAUCAUAAUAUAUGAAAUCUUUUCAUAAUUAACUUCAAUUUACAUGUUUUUUGCCUUGCACUUGGCGCGUGGGUUCAAAAUUAUAUGUACGUAAAAUUACUCCUAAUUUCAUGAAGUAGUGUGGUGGGAGGAAUCUCUCUUUUUAUUUUUCAUCUUCUGAUUUUGAUUUUACUCCUCCCCCAAAUUCUCUCAUUGUAUUCUCUCAGUUUCGAUUUUACAGGUUCGUGCUUCUGUUCAAUUAGGCGAAUCAUUUCGGAAGAAUUUAUGUCAUUCGGAUUUUGUUUCAAGAAAAGGAGUGAAGAGUUAGUGUUGGGCGUUUGGGAGUGAAGUGGUUCGGUUGAGAGCUUUGUUCACAAAAUUUGGGGAUCAUGGAUGCAAAUGUAUCUGGAGGAGAUAGUUCUGAUGUUGAUUGGACUUCUUCUGAUGAGGAGUCAGAAACUCACUUGGAAGCAGGUACAUCACCACAGCCAACUCGUACUGAAACUAUUGUUGGCAAUGAGGAGGCAAGCUCAUCAAAUGCCACCCGUUCCAAGUUGAUCGGUCAAUUUGUAGGAAUGGGGUUUUCAGAGAAAUUGGUCUUAAAAGCCAUUGAUGAAAAUGGAGAAGAAGAUCCAGAUUCUAUACUCAAUUGGAUCUUAACAUUCUCGACACUUGAAGAGUCUCCACCACAACAGCUGAGCACAAAUUCUGAUCCAUGUUCUUCUGAUUACAAUGAGAUCUUUCCAUAUGAUCUUUCAGAUAUGGACAGCUGGUCCGAAGAUGAAGCAGAAGUAUGUGAAGCUGACUGCUUGAAGGAUAAUGGUGAUUAUAAAUCAGAGAAGCACAAGAUGUUGUUGUCUUUGGCAGAAUCUGGAUCGUUGUCAGAGAAAGAGACAAAAUUGCUUGCCUUAGCAAACAUGGGAUACGCUCUGGAAGAUGCGGAAAUUGCUCUGGAAAGAUCUGGGCCAGAAACCUCAGUUGAUGGUUUGAUCGAGUUUAUAUGUGUUGCUCAAAUGGCUAGAGAACAAGACUGCUACUUGCCUGAAGACGGUCUCAAGGCAAGGCAUAUUCUUAAUGGGAGUAGCAAGAGCAAGAAAAGGAAACUCUCUGAGAUGAAGAAGAAGGUCAUGGAGGAGUCGAUACAGCUGCCUAAUCCAAUGAUAGGAUAUGGUGUUCCUUCCAUGCAGCCACCAGAGCGGGUGCAUCGUUCCUUGCCAGAAGAAUCAAGAGGCCCCCCAUACUUCUACUAUGAGAAUGUUGCCCUUACACCAAAGGGGGUCUGGCAAACCAUCUCAAGGUUCCUCUAUGACAUUGAGCCAGAGUUUGUCGACUCAAAGUUCUUCUCGGCUUGUGCAAGAAAGAGAGGCUAUAUUCAUAAUCUGCCGAUUGAGAAUAGGUUUCCCCUCAUACCUCUCCCACCCCUUACCAUCCAGCAGGCUUUUCCCUUAUCAAAAAGGUGGUGGCCCACUUGGGACCCAAGAGACAAGCUGAACUGCAUCCAGACUGCUAUAGCGAGUGCUAAACUGACUGAGAGGAUCCGCACUGUGCUGGAGAGGCAUGAAGGUGAUGAUGACCCACCAGAGGCUGUCCAACGCUAUGUUAUGGAGCAGUGCAGAAAGUGGAACUUGGUUUGGGUGGGAAGGAACAAAGCUGCCCCUCUAGAGCCUGAUGAAGUAGAAAUGCUCUUGGGCUUCCCAAAGAACCACACGAGGGGUGGUGGGAUUAGUAGAACAGACAGAUAUAAGUCUCUUGGAAAUUCCUUUCAGGUCGAUACUGUGGCUUAUCAUCUGUCUGUGCUCAAGGAUAUGUAUCCUCAGGGCAUCAACAUGCUAUCCCUCUUCUCUGGCAUCGGUGGAGCGGAAGUGGCAUUGCACCGACUUGGCAUCAAACUGAACAAUGUUGUCUCCAUCGAGAAAUCAAAAGCGAAUAGAGACAUAGUAAGAAGCUGGUGGGAGCAGACCAAUCAGACAGGUAGCCUGAUUGAUUUUGACGACGUGCAAUUGUUUGACGCCCCCAGAGCUGAACAGAUCAUUAGUAGCAUCGGCGGUUUCGAUCUGGUGGUCGGUGGAAGCCCCUGCAACAAUCUGGCAGGAAGCAACAGAGUCAGCCGAGAUGGUCUGGAGGGUAAAGAGUCGUCUCUGUUUUAUGAUUAUUUUCGUAUAUUAGAUUUAAUCAAGUGUAUUAUGGGCAGCAAUAGGGCAGUCUAGAUGUAAAAAUAGGGCAGCAAUUAGAUGGUUCUACACUUUAUGCAUUAUUUUGGGAGAUGCUACAAUUUGUUUUCCCCUUGUAGUGAAUGCAGCGAGCAAAUGAACAUGAGCCAAUCAAUAUUAAUCACAUUGGAACAAGGAGUUAUUUUGAGUUUAA